AUGGCAAGUUAUCCCAUCUGGUGGUCUCUGGCUGUGGGUCACCAGUACUCGUCGCUGGGCACGCAACCCAUCCUGUGUGGCAGCAUCCCGGGCCUGGUGCCCAAACAGCUGCGCUUCUGCAGGAACUACGUGGAGAUCAUGCCCAGUGUGGCCGAGGGCGUGAAGAUCGGCAUCCAGGAGUGUCAGCACCAGUUCAGAGGCCGGCGAUGGAACUGCACCACGGUCACCAACAACCUGGCCAUCUUCGGACCGGUGCUGGACAAAGCCACUCGGGAGUCCUCCUUCGUCCACGCCAUCGCCUCAGCUGGGGUGGCGUUCGCGGUAACCCGGGCCUGUGCGGAGGGAUCAGCCACCAUCUGCGGCUGCGACACUAGGCACAAAGGCCCCCCCGGAGAGGGCUGGAAGUGGGGCGGCUGCAGCGAGGACGUGGAGUUUGGAAGCAUGGUGUCCCGCGAGUUUGCAGACGCCAGGGAGAACCGGCCGGACGCACGAUCAGCCAUGAACCGCCACAACAACGAGGCGGGGAGAGUGUCCGUGAACGACAACAUGUUCCUGAAGUGCAAGUGCCACGGCCUGUCGGGCUCCUGCGAGGUCAAGACCUGCUGGUGGUCUCAGCCCGACUUCCGGGUGAUCGGGGACUACAUGAAGGACAAGUACGACAGCGCCUCGGAGAUGGUGGUGGAGAAGCACCGCGAGUCCCGGGGUUGGGUGGAGACACUCCGACCCAAAUACAACUACUUCAAACCCCCCACGGAGCGCGACCUGGUCUACUACGAAAACUCCCCCAACUUCUGCGACCCCAACCCACACACGGGCUCCUUCGGGACACGCGACCGGGUCUGCAACCUCACGUCCCACGGGAUCGACGGCUGCGACCUGCUCUGCUGUGGGCGGGGUCACAACACGAGGACAGAGAAGCGCAAAGAGAAGUGCAAUUGUAUUUUCCACUGGUGCUGCUACGUCAGCUGCCAGGAGUGCACGCGGGUCUAUGACGUGCACACUUGCAAAUAA